CGUUUGCUCAGCUCGUUUGCAUAUGUCAAAUCAAAAAUGAGUAGAUUUGUUUAGAAUUUUAUGGUGUAAGACGUGUUUAAUUAUUAAUGUUGAUCGAAAUUGAUCGAACAGACGUAUUAGAAUUCAGAAAAUUCUAUUUGUAAAUUGUCCAAAGUAUUCGAAAGAAGUGAAAUAAAGUUGUGAUAUUCAAUAAUUGUGUAUUAUCCAACGUAAAUUGACGAAACAAUGGAAGGUGGUGGUAACGAUGUAUCAAGUACGGUCGGAAAUCAGAGUUUGGACAGUCGUGACCCUCAGCAUCCACCAGAACUCGCAAAUUCUGAACGAAUUUAUCAGCAACAAUUAUCCCAGCAACCGAUCCAAAAUCAGUCACCAGUUGAGAAUCGACCAAUGGAAAUUCCAGCAGCAAAAGUUCGUUCAUCGUUGGCCGAAUUGGAAUUGCAAGCUUCGAAUGCCAUUCAGCGUCUAGAAGCAAUAAAAAUCAAUUCAAAUCCGGAAAUUCCGCCGGUUUUCAAUGCAAACGCAACAUCAACUAAUGGACAAUUAGCGAAAGAUCGUUACGCACCAACAGAUAUUCUAUCGAUUUUGGAAAAUGUCAUCGUUUCCAGUGCAACCGAACCGGAGGAGAAUGAUGAUCCUGAUUUGGCAGAGCCAGAAUAUUUACUCCCGGCACUAAAUGAAAUUUCACAUUUGGCGCUCAUCACACAUAGUAUAAUGGCAUACCUAACGCAAAUGGACCAUCGUAAAUUCAAUAGAGUCAUAGGAAAGAUUAACAACGAAACAAAUCGCUGGCUCUCACAUUUAUUCAGAUUCAACGACGCAAAAGCAAGCUAUCACGGAGAUAAUGCUGAUACUAUGUUACGGGCUGUUAGAUUCGCUAUUGUGAAUCGUUGUCCUGGAUAUUUGGAAGAUGUCUAUUUGGGCAAACCACCAGUCGCAAAACCGUGUCUUUAUAUUUGUGAAAACAGUUCACAAAUUGCAUUGCAGUACGCAUGUCGUCAAUUAGGUCUAACGGCCAAUUCCAUCAGAUUGGUGCCAACAAAUACCUCAUUUGACAAUUUUGGAACAAUGGACAUUUCGGCUUUACAAGAGUUGAUAACAAAUGACAUUUCAAUGAAACGAACACCUUUAUUCGUAGUUGGUGAUGCUGGCGCAUCGAUUUGCGGUGAAGUUGACAAUAUUCAAUGUUUACAAGAAAUUUGUCGAACACAUUCGAUUUGGUUACACCUUCGUGGCCACACCUUAGCGGCACUGUCAACCAUACAAGGUUCAAUGCAAACCGACGGCCAAAGCCAACCCAUUUCCGAUUCAAUGACAUUAAAUUUUGGCGGUUGGUUGGGCUUGCCGAAUCUUCCCGUUGUGUUGUUACAUCGUCACGUUGAGCAUACAGCCGCAUGGGUCGAUUCAGAUCUCUUACAUUCUCGACGCGUAACAUCACUGUCACUUUGGACAAGUUUACAAGCGUAUGGGCGUGAUCAAUUAUCUGGUCGAAUUCAAAUCGCAUUUGAUUGCUGUCGAAUGGUCUACGAAAUCGUAAAAAAAUGUCAGGGAAUUCGAGUUUUGAGCAAAGCUCCGGGCACGAAUUGUCGAAUUACUGAUUUGAUAUAUAAGCCGCUAAAUAUAUCCUUAUUAUUCGAAAGUGCUGUACCAGUAGUGGUAUUUCAAUUCGAUGGUAGUUCGUGUGAUAUAAUACCUCAGCGACAAACUGAUCCAUCCGAAAAUGCCGAGCCAAAAGUAUUAUCAAAUACAUCACAAAAUGUAUCGUCUGACUCCGUUGAAGCUACAACAGCAUCGCCCAAUGAUUCUUCAUCAGCACCGACAGUUGAUGCAACGCAACAAUUGAUGAUAAACAAAUCAAUUGAAAAAGUGUCAAAUUUCGCAUAUUUUGAUAAAUUAAAUGGAUGGUUGGGUCAAAAUUUACAACGUGAUUGCCCCGAUGUUUCAUUGGAAAUGCGCGAGCAUCAAAUUCAUGGCACUUGUAUUAGGUUCUGCCCAUUUGAAUUGGGAUUGGGUGAUAGCAUACCAUCGAUAGAACAACUGGAGUUGUUGGAGGAUUGUCUUUCGAAUCAGAUUGAUAUUCUGCGAGCUACUUGCAAACAUAAAGCGACAUUGAAUCGUUUGGUUGAACAAAGCACAUUAUUAAGGCUGGUACCCUUAUUGGAUUGGGCUGGCUUGGGGGGCGUUCGCUACGUCCCAGACGCAUAUGAAACGUUUCUGGACAAAAAUCAAGCAAACUUUGAGCUAAAUAAAUUGAAUGCUGAUUUGGUUGAAAGGCUGCGCGCGACAGAUAACGCAUUCUCUCUUGGUGAGGGCGCCGAUGGUUUGACUUGCGUUAGAUUCGGUAUGGUGACAGAAGAUACUGACGUCGAGGAGUUACUGGAUUUGGUGAUAAGCAUCGGAAGAAGUGUUCAGGAGAAUUCCCGAGUUUUGGACAGUAUGAGCGAAAUCGUGAAGAAGGGAAUUGAAACGGCCUCGGCUGAUUUGCAAAGGGAAUCAGAUGAAAAACUCUUAUCCGAUGGUAUUUUGCGACAUGUGCCAAUUGUUGGGUCGGUUGUAAAUUGGUUCUCGCCACCGGCCAAAGAAACCGGCAUCAGAGGACGAAGCUUGAACUUGGAACAAGGUGUCGUUGAAAGCACUGAAAAUAUUUAUAAGUAUCAUAUGCAAUUGACCAACGAUGGAAAGAACCAGAUUCAAGGUACAACAAAAAUUGCACCACAGCCAAUUGUUCAAACGUCUGUGAGUUCGGGACAUUCACGACAGAGUAGUGCCACUUCGACCACAACACAUUAUGAUCAACCGGCCAUUGCGCCAAACGAACAACAUUCAAAUAGACAAACAAACAUACAAUAAAUUCCAGAGUAUUUAAUUUGAAGAUUGCGUUGCGAUUGAAAUUGAAUUGUAGUUGAUUUAGUUGUUGAUUUAUAUUUAGCAUUAAUACGUCGAAUCCAAACUUAAAACGGACAUUUAUUUAUUAAGAGCUUGCAAAAAUGUAUUUAAUCUUUAGUUUUCUUCAAUAAUUUUAAUCUACGGAUGUCAUCGGCUACAUUGACGAUGUUGAUAUAUGCAUGGCACAAUAUCUCCUCCAGAAUUCAUUCCCCCGUUAUUAAAUUAUACAAUGAAGAAUAACAUACACUGGACAAUUGUGGUGCGAAAUGGUUUUUGAAAGUAAUUCAAAAUAAAAUAUACAUAUUCAUUUAUUUUCACCGUAAA